CUUGUCACAGAAAAAGAUGAAUGGUUAAUUGACUUUUAUGCGGAUUGGUGUGGAUACUGUAAACGUCUCGAACCCAAAUUCUAUGCUGCUGAUCGUCUUUUAAGUAUGAGCUCUUACAGUCAUACCAAAACCGGUACUGUCAAUGUCCAAACUAACCCUGGGUUGGCUGCACGAUUCUUUAUUUCUCGUUUGCCUACCAUUGUGCAUAUCAAGGACCAUGAAGGUAAG